AUGCAGCUGCGUGAUCCGUGUAACAUUCUCUCCCCCAUUGCCAAAGAGUGUGAGAAACCACUUGUCAUGAAUGAAUGCAUGGAUGCUUCCUAUGUGGCAAAUUGUCAGAAGCGUCUGGUAGAGAUUACACCUGCUUCCAUGCGUCCCUUGACUGUAGCAACCAUCAAGAAUACAUCGAAGCUCCGGCGCAGAAAUUCGCUGUCGAGACGUCAUCUUCAGAUAAUGCUCGACACGGCCAAGGAAAGAUCUUCCGCGGAUGUUUCCGGUGGUGUGAUCCAGAAAAGUUCCAUUCCAAGCCUCCAGAAUGGUCAGUCAGAACUCCGUGCUUACUAA